AUGGCCAUCAAGUUUGCCAUCCUUGAUGACUAUCAAGGCAUUGCACCUCCCUAUUUCGCUCACCUCGAGUCGCAGGUCGAAAUCACCAGUUUUCCCGAGACCCUGGACCCCCGCGAUCCGACACAACACGAUGCCCUGAUCCAACGACUCCUUCCCUUCGAUGUCAUCUUGGCGAUGCGCGAGCGGACACCGUUUGCUGCUAAGACAAUCGAAGCGCUCCCCAAUCUGAAGCUCCUAUUGACUACGGGCACCCGCAACCUGUCGCUCGAUCUCGAUGCAUUUACCCGUUCAAACGUGGCCGUCGCAGGCACCGAGGGCCGACCACCCGGUGUCAAUUCGACGGUGCAACAUACAUGGGCUUUAAUCUUAGGCCUUGCUCGGCACAUCGCGCGGGACGAUGCAGCAGUCAAACGCGGUGCAUGGCAAGGCUCGCUUGGCAUGAACUUAUCCGGCAAAACACUAGGACUGCUCGGCUUGGGCAAAUUGGGAUCGCAAGUGGGAAAAAUUGGCGUCCUGGCGUUUGGAAUGAAAAUCCUGGCAUGGUCAACCAAUUUGACCCCAGCAAAGGCAGAUGAGCAAGCGCAAGCCCAAGGUCUGCCUGCAGGGACAUUCGCUGUGGCGGCGUCCAAAGAAGAAUUCUUCGCACAGUCCGACCUUGUGAGUGUACACAGUGUUCUAUCGGACCGAAGCCGGGGCAUUGUAGGUGCAGCUGAGUUGGCGAAAAUGCGCUCCUCUGCCUUCAUCGUCAAUACUUCUCGUGGACCCUUGAUUGAUGAGAAGGCCCUCCUCGAGACCUUGACUGCCGGUCACAUUCGCGGUGCCGCGCUGGAUGUUUUCGAUCCGGAGCCGUUGCCGCUGGACAGUCCAUGGCGUACUACUCCCUGGGGACAAGAUGGACGUAGUGAAGUGCUACUUUCCCCCCACAUGGGAUAUGGAGAGGAGGAGCUAUUACGAGGGUGGUAUCGGGAAACCGCCGAGAACUUGGAGCGAUGGUUGAAUGGACAAGAGCUACUGCGCAGAAUGAAUUAG